GCGUGCGGUUCUGGUGUGGGUAAUCGUUCACAGGGAACCGAGCCAAGAACGUCGAUUCGCCAUGGCCGUCGCCUCUUCUGUGCCCUGCGUCGUCGUUGCGACCGAAUAAUGUAAACGUCAGAAGUCUCACGAUGAGAAAGGCAUUCGCGAUGAUAGAAUCAGUAAUUAUGUGCUCUUUUCGCGAAAAUUUUGCUCAUUUUGACCAGCAAGAAGUGUCGCCGUAACUAGUGUUUGUUUAUUCCGUGCGUGUCCGAGUGAAGUGAAACAACUUUGUCCACGUAACAGCGUAAUUUACCCGUUUACGCGGAUCCUCGAGUGACUUCUUUCUUCUCGAGUUAAAGGGGUAAGUCCCCUCGAGAAGGAACAUCGAGGAACGCGAUUCUAUUGAAUAGAAGCAGCCUUUCAUCGGUCGUCGAGUGCCAUUUAUUGUGUCUGUCGAGUGUAGUGGCAAGGACGACGCCUACCCAUCAUGGCCGUAGACAAGACCGCCACUCGGCAGAUGAUGACGAUCACAUUCCUGUGCAUCCUGUGGUAUGUGGUGUCCAGCAGCAACAACGUCAUCGGCAAGAUGAUCCUGAGCGAGUUCCCCUACCCUAUGACGGUCACCAUGGUCCAGCUGACCAGCAUCACCAUCUACAGUGGGCCAUUCUUCAACCUGUGGGGAGUUCGCAAAUACGUGGACAUCUCGUGGCGGUAUUACUUCAAGUUCAUCGUGCCGUUGGCGCUGGGCAAGUUUCUGGCCUCGGUCACCUCGCAUAUCUCCAUCUGGAAGGUUCCAGUGUCCUACGCGCAUACGGUGAAAGCCACCAUGCCCCUGUUCACCGUGGUUCUGUCCAGGAUAAUCCUCCGGGAGCGGCAAACCAAGGCCGUCUAUCUGAGCCUGGUGCCGAUCAUCGUCGGCGUUGGGAUCGCCACCCUGACGGAGCUGUCCUUCGACAUGGUGGGCCUCGUCAGUGCCCUGCUGGCCACGAUGGGAUUUUCGCUGCAGAACAUCUUCUCCAAGAAGGUGCUCAAGGAGACGAACGUCCACCAUCUGCGGCUGUUGCACAUUCUCGGUCGGCUGGCCUUGUUCAUGUUCCUGCCGGUGUGGAUCUACUUCGAUAUGUUUAGCGUGAUGAAGCAUCCGGCUAUCACAACUGGCGAUUACCGAGUGAUCGCCCUGCUGUUCACCGACGGAGUCCUCAACUGGCUGCAGAACAUACUGGCGUUCAGCGUGUUGUCUAUCGUGACACCUCUGACGUACGCCGUGGCCAGUGCCAGCAAGCGAAUUUUCGUGAUAGCCAUUUCUCUCUUCAUCCUGGGCAAUCCGGUGACGUGGAUCAACAUCCUUGGCAUGCUGGUGGCCAUCAUGGGCGUUCUGUGCUACAACAGGGCCAAGUACUUCUCGCGGCAUCAGCAACCGAAGGAGUCUCUCCUGCCGUACAGCACUGUUAAUAACAACAUCAAAUAUCAACCGUUGGAGGAUACAACCCUGCUCAACAAUUCUGCCCACCAUCACGGUAAGAAUGGAUUCGUCAGUCAAAAUGGUGGCAUGCCGAACGGUUCAGCGGCGGGCUACUUCCAGAAUGGUGGCAGCAGUGUGCACAACAGCAGUAGCAAUCUGCUGCUGAGCAAUAGCAAUGGGGCGCAUCUGACGACGGUGAAUGGCUCGCCGAACAAGUUGCUGUUUGUGUAGGAACCGGGAUGCUAUGGGAAAGCAAUAGUUCCGAAAUCCUCGUUUAGGUAGAUUGUUUGUUUCCGUUUUACUAUUUACCCUGUACAGUUGACAGUUAUUAGUGAUCCUGCUAUAGAAUUGAACAAUUGACAUAUUUCCGCUCCUCCGUGAAAGGGUUCGAAGCAGAUGUUGGAUAGGAGCUCAGACGCCGAGGCCUUUAUUUAUUUGUUUCGCUCGUACUGUGUUUAAACUUAGGAUCCUCGUAGGGAAUGGAUUUUCUUUGUGCAAUCGUCUGUUGCAUUGAGCCGACCCCGAUAGACAACCGACACGCAACUAAUAGUAUUUCUGGACACAGUGUUGAAAAAUUAGGAAGAUAGAUAUUAUUAGAAACGUACUAAAAGUGCAUGAGAUGGACAACACUGUUUACGAAAGGUAGAAACAUAUUUAGGAAGAAAUGCAAGAAAAAUUAUCAAAUAAACGCUAUUUUAUAUCAGAA